UCUUAGUGUAGAAGCUACACACAUUCUCCAACCCUUUUACCUGAAUUCCCCAUAUCAAUAUCCCCUGAAUUCCAGUAGAAAUGUUUGGUCUCUCUUUAAGAUAGGCCUCUUCUGUUUGAGGACAUCUAAUCCUGGCCUGAACCGCAAGAGUACAGUCAAAAACUGGGUGAACUGGUCCCCUUUGUGCUCUGAAGAAGAUCAAAAUUGAUGAAGAGAGGGUCUCUGAGACCUCAACCCCAAUUCCCAAGGGGUGUGACUGAGGGUGGUCCAGGGCAAAAGCCAGGGGGUGGAAAAAUCUCUGAUUGGACAGGCAGUAUUAUAAAUUGUAACAUCUGUAACAGAGCAGGGGCUCACAUCUUGUAACCUAUGCCUAGGUACAAAUUAAACCCUUUCCUUAUCUCACCUUCAAAACUAAAUUGUCUCAGAGUUUUUUUCUCCCUGAAUUUUCUUUAGGCAGCAGCAGAACGGCUUUGAACUGAAAGAGGGUAGGUUUAGACUAGAAAUUGUUUACAAUAAGGGUGGUGGAACACUGGCAUAGGUUUCCCAGAGAGGUGGUGAACGCCCUAGCCCUGGAAACAUUCAAGACCAGGCUGGAUGGGGCUCUGAAUAACCUGAUCUAGUUGAAGAUGUCUCUGCACAUUGCAGAGAUUGGACUAGGUGACUUUUGAAGGUCCCUUCCAACCCAAACUAUUCUAUGAUUCUAUAUUUGCAAGAAUAUUCUAAAGAAGAAAUAUUCACUAUAAGUGUCUACUCUUUUGUAGACAUAUCUCUUUCCAUGAACACAACACUUCUCUGCUACUGCUGAUAAAAUAUAUUUUUCCUAUUUAAGACAAAAAUAACCUAGAUUAAAACGCUUGUUAGCACAAGAAAAUUAAUCAGUUUGAAGCCUUUUUUUUUUUUACUUUCACAUUUUGAAAUAUGUUUUGCAAAAAUUGUGGGAGAAAAGUAAAAAUAAAAAGAAAUUGAAAAAGAAGUUAGAAAUUGGUAGCAGCAUUGUUCACCCCCUCCCUUUCCACCAAGUACUUCAGGAUUCAUCCUGGACUGAGUUAUAAUUGUGUUUUUCCUUUGUUUAAUGUUUAUGCAGAAACAUUUGGUCUUUGGCAGUAAAGACUGAAGUCUAAAAAGGUAAUAAGAGGUGGGAAGGAGUAGGCAAACUGCACAGUGCAGGCAGUACGAAUUAUAAUCUACCUUUCCACCUUUACUCAGAAAAGCUGCUGGAGCUUACUGUAGCUGCCAAGUCUGCAGCUUAGGAGGAAGGACUCAGCUGUGUUCAAGACCCACACUGAAUUCCUCAGCAAGAGAUUCAGCUACUUCCAAGCCCUGUUCUCUGGAUGGACCUUUAUCUGAAGGAGGAUUAUUUUACAGAUGAAAACAGAGUACUAAAAAAGGACCCUCAACAGGAUUACCAUCUGGAAUAUGCCAUGGAAAACAGUACACAUACCAUAUUGGCUUUUAGCAGAGAUCUGCACACUUGUGACACAAACGACAAGAGCAUAACGGAGAGCACAGUGCGGGUAAUCUGGGCCUACCACCACAAAGACAUGGGAGAAGCGGGUCAAAAUUAUCAUGGAUCUAAUCGUGGUACAAAGAGUCUCCGCUUGCUAAAUCCUGAGAAAGAAGUCUUAUCUGCCUCUCUGCCAUACUUUGACUUGACAAACAAAGACGUGCCUGUACCAGACAAGGAUACAACAUACUGGUGCCAAAUGUUUAAGAUUCCCAUACAACAUGAAAAGCAUCACGUGACAAAGGUUGAGCCGUUGAUCCAGAAAGGCCAUGAGAAUCUGGUGCACCAUAUCCUGCUUUACCAGUGCAGCAGCAAUUUGAAUGACAGUGUGCUGGACUAUGGGCAUGAAUGUUACCACCCCAACAUGCCAGACUCUUUUCUCACAUGUGAGACAGUCAUUUUUGCCUGGGCCAUUGGAGGAGAGGGCUUCACCUACCCUCCACAUGUUGGCUUAUCCAUUGGCACAGCAUCUGACCCUCUGUUCGUUCUUAUGGAGGUGCAUUAUGACAAUCCAUCAUACACAGAAGGUUUGAUAGAUAACUCUGGUCUGAGGCUAAUUUAUACUCCAGUUUUAAGGAAAUAUGAUGCUGGAGUUAUUGAAGCUGGUCUUUGGGUCAGCCUCUUCCACAAUAUCCCACCAGGCAUGCCCGAAUUUGUGUCAGAGGGUCACUGCACACUGGAAUGUCUGGAAGAGGCUCUAGGUGCUGAGAGACCUACUGGGAUUCAAGUGUUUGCGGUCCUUCUUCAUGCACAUCUUGCUGGCAGAGCUAUCAGGAUGCGCCACUUCCAUAAUGGCGAGGAGCAGAAGCUGCUUGCUUAUGAUGAUGAGUUUGACUUCAACUUCCAGGAGUUUCAGUAUCUGAAAGAAGAAAGAACCAUCUUGCCAGGAGAUAAUUUAAUCACAGAAUGUCACUACAAUACUGUGGACCGAAUUCGCAUGACAUGGGGUGGUCUGAGCACCAGGAAUGAAAUGUGCCUGUCAUAUCUGCUCUAUUACCCAAGAAUCAACCUCACCCGAUGUGCAAGUAUUCCAGAUAUAAUGGAACAGCUCCAGUUCAUUGGAGUUAAGGAAAUCUAUAGACCAGUCAGGACUUGGCCUUUCAUUAUCAAGAGUCCUAAGCAAUAUAAAAACCUAUCUUUUAUGGAUGCAAUGAACAAAUUCAAAUGGUCCAGAUCAGAGGGUCUCUCCUAUAAUAAACUUGUUCUUAAACUACCUGUGAACGUGAGGUGUUCAAAAACAGAUAAUGCAGAAUGGUCGAUCCAAGGCAUGACAGCUUUACCCCCUGAAAUAGAGAGACCAUACAAGACAGAGCCAGUAAUAUGCAGCUCAUCUUCCUGUUUAAGUUGCAGUUUAUUCCUCACCCUGUUGUUUGUGUUACACAUCAUAACCAGUAGCAUAGGAAACAUUGAGCUCUUUGUAUAAUAAUUUUUAUUCAUUUGUGUUCUGUAUGCCAUGCAAGUUCUGAUGUGUUUGCACUGUUGCUAUUGUAGAUUUAUUUUUUUACAUAUCAAUAAAUGAAACUAGCCAUUUCAAAAUAAAGUGUGUAUAUCCUC